AUGAUUGCCCGGUGUCUGACUACGCUGUUCCUUGUUCAGAUUUUGGGAUUCCCUACAGCUUCGGACGCACAUCCCGACAGCGUGGAGAUACAGCCCCGCAUCAUUGGUGGGCAUGUGUCCAGCAUCAAGCAGGAGAAGUAUCUCGUUCAGGUUACCACAUCCGAGGAGCUGUGUGGCGGAUCACUGGUUAAGCCCCGUUGGGUUAUCACUGCGGCUCAUUGCGUAUACAACAAGAACAAGGAUGACUUCAAGAUCUAUGGUGGUGCCUCCGAUCAGGCUGGUCCAUAUGCCGUCAUUCGCACUGUGGACUACAUGGCGAUUCGUCCGGAUUUCAAUCGCAAAACCCUCAAUAUGGAUGUGGCUGCCUUGCGCUUGAGUUCUGAUAUGACCGGCGCUAAUAUAGAGACCAUAGCUUUGGCAUCACAAUCCGUUCCAGCUCGCGUUUUGGUCAAAGUCUCGGGUUGGGGUUUCCUAGCUGCCGAUGCGACAAAGACUGCCGAGCGGGUGCACAGUGUCAUGGUGCCCAUGUGGUCACGCUCCUCCUGCGUCUCUGCAUUCAAAGGAAUCCAUCGUAUUACCCGCUCCAUGGUGUGCGCCGCCAAGCCGUACAAGAAGGAUUCCUGCGACGGCGACUCGGGGGGACCUUUGGUGUAUCGCGGCCAGCUGGCGGGGAUUGUAUCCUUUGGGUAUGGCUGUGCCUCCGCUUUGCCUGGCGUUUACACCAGUGUGCCUGUGAUCCGGGAUUGGUUUCUGCGCGUCGUGGAACAGCAUUCCUGAG